AGCUAAAGUCGUUGGAUUUUCUAGAAGUAGUUCAGAUUCUUCUUCAACAACCUCGACUUCUACAUCCAGAAGGCGUACAAGUAGCAGCAGGGGCGAACCGAACUUUCUGCGAAAGGUUUUGAACCUCCACCAUUUUUUCUUACCAGAGGAUCAGCAUCUUUUUCACAUGGAAAAAGAAGAUGAUGUUGAAAGUAGCAACGUCAAUUCAACUUCAGGAGUAAUGUCUCUCAUAGCGC